GGCAGUCACAAGAUGGCGGCGAACGCGAACUCCACCGGUGGUGGCGGCGGUAGUGGCGGCGGCGGGAGCCUCCCACUCUUUGACUGUCCGACCUGUGUCAAAUCUUGAAGGAUGUGGAGUGUAUGUGUGUCUUUUCUGAAAGUAUUUUGUUACGAGAUAAGGGAUGCUAACCUUAAGCAGUGAUUCUGAAACUUUAUGGUAGUGAGCCUUCAUGGCCAAACAGAUGGACCUUCUCUUUGAGCUGUGCUAUGGAUUAUUUCUAAACCCGUGCAGGGGUUAUCCAUGUACUUUCUUCAAGUGUGUGAAACAAUACUGAAGGCUUGGAGGGAUGGGGACUCUCCAUACGCAGAGUAGCUGAUUGGGAGGAAACUAGGCCUUCAGGCAGGAAAGCCUCCACCAGGGUUGCACUUGGAUGUAGUCAAAGGAGACAAACUCAUUGAGAAAUUGAUCAUUGAUGAGAAGAAAUACUAUCUCUUUGGGAGAAACCCUGACCUGUGCGACUUUACCAUUGAUCACCAGUCAUGCUCUCGGGUCCACGCUGCCUUGGUCUACCACAAACACCUGAAGAGGGUUUUCCUGAUAGACCUCAACAGCAUUUCAUUUGGUGCCUCGACACGGGCCUACACGCUGAGGGAAAAACCUCAGACGUUGCCAUCGGCCGUGAAAGGAGAUGAGAAAAUGACCAGCGAAGAUGAUGAGCUCAAAGGACUCCUUGGCCUGCCGGAGGAGGAGACAGAGUUAGACAACCUGACAGAGUUUAACACAGCCCACAACAAGAGGAUCUCCACAUUAACUAUAGAAGAAGGAAACUUGGAUAUCCAGAGACCAAAAAGGAAAAGGAAGAAUUCUAGAGUAACGUUCAGUGAUGACGACGAGAUCAUCAAUCCAGAGGACGUGGAUCCUUCUGUUGGACGUUUCAGGAACAUGGUACAGACCGCAGUAGUCCCUGUGAAGAAAAAACGAAUGGACAACGCUGGCUCCCUGAGUGCGGAUGAGUCUGUGACGCGGCGCAUGCAGAACUUUCCUUACAGUGGAGGACUGUAUGGUGGCCUGCCUCCCACUCACAACGAGACCGGCGCCCAGGCCCACAGCAUUCACGGCACAGCCCUCAUCGGGGGCCUCCCGAUGCCCUACCCGAACCUUGCCCCGGAUGUGGACUUGACUCCGGUUGCGCCCUCGGCGGUGGCCAUGAACCCUGCUCCAAACCCUGCCGUCUUUAAUCCCGAAGCUGUGAACGAGCCCAAGAAAAAGAAGUACGCCAAAGAGGCGUGGCCAGGCAAGAAGCCCACCCCUUCUCUUUUGAUCUGAGGACAGCUUGGCCUAUCCUGGGAGAGGAGGGCGCCGGAGCAGCGGACCAGAGGAAGGCACUCUGCAAGGACAGCAGCAUUCAGGCUUGGGUCCCCGCUGCGGGUCGUAGCCAGGUUACAGGGCUAAACUCCCCUUCGAGAUC